ACUUUCGGCGUCACCACCCUUUCAUUCCGCCACCGCCGCGACCAACCCCGCCGCUUCCUCGUCCUCUCAAUGGACGCGAAGCCCACAAUUCUCGUAGCCGAGAAGCUCGGCGAGGCGGGGGUGAAUCUCCUCAAAGAGUUCGCGAACGUGGACUGCUCCUAUAACCUCAGCCCUGAGGAGCUCUGCACCAAGAUCUCGCUUUGUGACGCGCUGAUUGUGAGGAGUGGGACUAAGGUGAACCGCGAGGUGUUCGAGUCGUCCGGGGGAAGGCUUAAGGUUGUCGGAAGAGACGGAGUUCUGGCGGCGGCGACUGAGCACGGGUGCUUGGUUGUGAACGCGCCGACUGCCAAUACUGUCGCCGCCGCGGAGCAUGGGAUCGCUCUCCUUACUUCCAUGGCUAGGAACAUUGCUCAAGCCGAUGCGUCCGUUAAAGCUGGUAAAUGGGAGAGAAGCAAAUAUGUUGGUGUGUCUCUUGUUGGCAAGACGCUUGCAGUACUGGGUUUCGGGAAGGUUGGAUCAGAAGUUGCUAGGCGUGCCAAGGGUCUUGGUAUGCAUGUCAUUGCACACGAUCCCUAUGCUCCUGCUGACCGUGCCCGCGCAAUAGGUGUGGGGCUUGUAAGCUUUGAUGAAGCUAUUGCAUCAGCUGACUUCAUUUCACUUCACAUGCCACUAACUGCAUCAACAUCCAAAAUGCUAAAUGAUGAAACUUUUGCAAAGAUGAAAAAAGGUGUCAGGAUCAUUAAUGUUGCACGUGGGGGAGUGAUUGAUGAAGAAGCAUUGGUGAAGGCACUUGAUGCUGGCAUUGUAGCACAGGCGGCACUUGAUGUCUUCACAGAAGAGCCACCAGCGAAGGAUAGCAAGUUGGUACAACAUGAGAAUGUAACAGCAACUCCACAUCUUGGUGCCAGUACAAUGGAAGCUCAGGAAGGGGUAGCAAUUGAAGUAGCUGAAGCUGUUGUUGGAGCCUUGAAGGGGGAGCUUGCUGCGACUGCAGUUAAUGCACCCAUGGUUCCUGCUCAGGUUCUCACUGAGCUGAAGCCUUAUGUUUCUCUUGCUGAGAAACUUGGUAGACUUGCUGUCCAACUAGUAGCGGGUGGGAGUGGCGUAAAAACUGUAAAAGUCACAUACGCAUCUGCCAGAGCUCCAGAUGACCUUGACACGAGGUUGCUUCGUGCCAUGAUAACCAAGGGUCUAAUCGAGCCAAUCUCGAGUGUUUUUGUGAAUCUGGUUAAUGCUGAUUUCACUGCCAAACAAAGAGGACUUCGCAUAACUGAAGAACGAAUACUCCUGGAUGGUUCUCCUGAAAGCCCACUUGAGUUAAUCCAGGUUCAAAUUGCCAACGUGGAGUCGAGAUUUGCCAGUGCAAUUUCUGAUUCUGGGGAGAUUAAAGUGGAAGGCCGUGUUAAAGAUGGUGUUCCACAUUUAACAAGGGUAGGGUCUUUCGAAGUGGAUGUGAGCUUGGAAGGCAGUAUCAUACUCUGCAGGCAAGUUGAUCAGCCAGGAAUGAUUGGAAAAGUCGGUAGCAUUUUGGCAGAGGACAACGUGAAUGUGAGCUUUAUGAGCGUUGGCAGGAUAGCCCCAAGGAAGCAAGCUGUGAUGGCAAUUGGAGUUGAUGAGGAACCAACCAAGCAGUCACUAAAGAAGAUUGGUGAUAUCCCAGCCAUUGAGGAAUUUGUUUACCUUAAGUUGUAGUGGCAUUAUCCACAUGCUUGUUAUCACACAGUUCCCAAUUUUGAUCAAGUUUGGUUGUGUACUUGUGUUUUAGUAGCUUUAGUUUAGGGGGAUAUCAAUAAGGUUGGCUUUGCGUUUAGAAUCAUGUAUUUUAUUGAGUGAAAUGUCGCCGUCAUGUCAUGUUUUGCUAUUCAGAAUUAUAAUGAUAGUGUUUCUGGAAUCAGUUGCGUAGA